AAGGAUAAGAAAAAGGAAACUAUCGCGCGAGUGAAGUGACCUACUCGAAGGUCGCAGGGCGGUGUCUCCAGUUCAGCUUCUCUCCGCCGUUGCUUCGAUCGGAAUGGCGACCGCCGCCGUCGCCUGCUGGUUCUCGGUCCUUGGCUCCACCGGCACCUCGCGAUAUUCUUUAUCUUCACCACGUCUCUUCGCCCGGUCUCGCACCUCCACUUGCCUUCUCAUUCCCAAAGCCGCCAAUCAAAAGAAAAGAAGCUUUAAAAAACCGCCUCUUCCUCCUUUCUCUCCUCGUAAAUCCGCCGCUGAGGCAGAAUCUAUUUCACAGAAGAAAUUUCCAGGCAGAUCAAAAGAUGAAAGGCCCUGCCAAAAUGCUGAUGGCAAUAUUAGUAGAAGUAGUACGGGGCAAUCUCAAUCAACAGCGUUUAAAUCAUUUGGUGUGCAGAGAAAAGAUACAAAAGGGCCCCUGUUAGACAUAAAAGACCGCCAGGUUGAAUCAGGUAAGCUUCAUGAUGGAGCUUUUCUUAAUGCUGUAGUGAAGGUUUAUUGUACCCACACUGCUCCUGAUUAUUCCCUCCCUUGGCAAAAACAAAGGCAAUAUACGAGUACUGGAAGUGCUUUUAUGAUUGGAGACGGGAAGCUUUUGACAAAUGCUCAUUGUGUUGAACAUGAUACCCAGGUCAAAGUUAAGAGAAGAGGAGAUGAUACCAAAUAUGUGGCUAAGGUGUUAGCUAGAGGUGUUGAAUGUGAUAUAGCUUUGCUUUCAGUAGAAAGCAAGGAAUUCUGGAAAGGCGCUGAGCCGCUUGAAUUGGGACACUUACCUCGUCUUCAGGAUGGAGUUACUGUAGUUGGAUAUCCCCUCGGAGGAGAUACCAUUUCAGUGACUAAGGGAGUGGUGUCGCGAAUAGAGGUGACAUCUUAUGCUCAUGGAUCAUCUGAGUUACUGGGCAUUCAGAUUGAUGCUGCAAUAAAUCCGGGUAAUAGUGGUGGUCCUGCUUUCAAUGACCAGGGAGAAUGCAUUGGUGUAGCAUUUCAGGUUUACAGAUCCGAAGAGGCUGAGAAUAUUGGAUAUGUAAUUCCAACUACUGUAGUAUCUCAUUUUCUGGAUGACUAUGAGAGGCAUGGAAAGUACACUGGUUUCCCUUGCCUGGGCGUGUUGUUACAAAAGUUAGAGAAUCCAGCACUACGUGCCUGCUUGAAAGUGCCAUCUAAUGAGGGUGUCCUGGUGAGAAGAGUUGAACCCACUUCUGAUGCUAGCAAUGUCUUGAAAGAGGGGGACGUGAUUGUAAGCUUUGAUGGAGUUCACAUAGGGUCUGAAGGAACAGUUCCAUUCAGAUCAAAUGAGCGCAUUGCAUUUCGCUACCUCAUUAGUCAAAAAUUUGCAGGCGAUGUAGCAGAGCUUGGUAUUAUAAGAGCAGGAGCUUCUAUGAAGGUUCAAGCAGUUCUCAAUCCACGUGUGCAUUUGGUUCCUUAUCACAUUGAAGGAGGUCAGCCUUCCUAUUUAAUCGUUGCUGGUUUGGUGUUUACACCACUGUCCGAACCACUCAUAGAAGAGGAGUGUGAAGACAGCAUUGGGUUGAAACUACUGGCAAAGGCACGCUAUUCCUUGGCAAGAUUUAAGGGUGAACAGAUUGUGAUACUGUCGCAGGUCUUAGCAAACGAUGUAAACAUUGGAUAUGAAGAUAUGGGAAAUCAGCAGGUUUUGAAGUUAAAUGGGACACGAAUAAAGAACAUUCAUCACCUAGCUCAUCUAGUCGAUUCAUGCAAGGACAAGAAUCUAGUUUUUGAGUUUGAAGACAAUUACCUUGCCGUUCUGGAAAGAGAGGCAGCUGCUGCUGCCUCAUCCUGCAUUCUCAAAGAUUAUGGCAUUCCAUCUGAAAGAUCUUCCGAUCUUUCAGAGCCAUAUGUGGAUCCUCUUGGAGACAACCAAGCAAUGGGUCACCAGGAUCUCGGGGAGAGUCCAGUUUCAAAUUUGGAGAUUGGCUUUGAGGGGCUUCUCUGGGCAUAAUUUUUAACUCCUGGGCACCUCAACCUGUCGUCUCUCCAGCGGCCAUUGCUCAAGAGUAUGGUUGCAGUUUGCAGCCUGCCGAAAUAUCAACAUUCAUCAACUCAUAAGCUUCUGCCUAUUCUUCGGUUCGGACGUGCAUCAAUCAUUCAAUUUUCCACAUAUUUUAAUUCAAUUGUUUUGGAGAGAGCAUGCUUGUAUUCUAAUGCGCUGGUCAUAAAGCAUUGACGCAUUUAUGUUUUGUAUAAUUAAGAAUAAUUAUAAGUCAGUUCAUAGAAUUAAAAUAAGGCCAUGUAGGAUAAAUUGGUCAAGCGACUAGCUUAAGUUAAGAUCUACAGUUUAGUUUGCUUGUAGUAGCAUGUUGACCUGAUGACCACGCGCGCUCACACGUGAUUUCAAAAGUUCUUGUCUGUGUGUAAGAGGUAAAAAGAGAUUGAUUUGGUCGUCUUAAUAAUAUUCAAGUGUUUCAUUGUUCUAGAGAUUCAA